GGAAUCAAAUUUGAUUGCGACUAUCUCCCAACAUGCAUUUAGAAAUUUAAAUCAGUUGAAAGAUUUAAACUUGAUGUACAACAGAAUUACGACAAUACCGAGUAAACUUUUCAAUCCUAUUGGAAACCUUUCCGUAUUAUUACUCGGAUAUAAUCCAAUCGAAAAUCUGCCAGCUGCAUCGUUAAGUUCACUGAAGACGAAUCUUAAGUCACUAGGCGUCGAAGGAAUCGAUAUGGACAGUGUCGAGAAAAACCUGUUUAACAUAUUUACGAAGCUUCAAUUUGUGUACUUCAAAAAAUUCCAUUAUUGUACCACCUACGCACCGAAUGUGAAAGUGUGUAGUCCAGCAACGGACGGUGUCUCGUCGCUAUCGCACCUGCUGGGGAAGCCGCUGCUGCGCAUCGCCGUCUGGAGCAUCUCGUGCGUCACUUGCUUGGGCAACGUCCUCGUGCUCUGGGGGAGGCUCACGGCUAAGGAUGAGAAUCGCGUGCUGGGCAUCAUCAUUCGCAAUCUGGCGGUGUCUGAUCUAUUAAUGGGACUUUAUUUAUUCAUAAUCGGCCUCGAAGAUAUAAGAUUUCGAAACAACUAUAAUCAAGAAGCAAAUGCAUGGAUAUCAUCGUGGUCUUGUACAUUUCUCGGUAUGCUCGCUAUGAUCUCUUCCGAGGUAUCGGUGCUGAUCUUGUCGUUCAUGUCGGUCGAACGAUUUAUGUUGAUCGCGGCACCGUUAAAGGGUCACCGCGCCAUAACCUCGCACACCGCGGCCUAUUCGAUGAUCGUCGUCUGGGUCAUCGGCAUCACUCUCGCCCUCUUACCUGCGAUUCAUUGGCGCAGUAGCACACGCUUUUACGGCCUGAAUGGAAUGUGCUUUCCACUGCACAUAGACGAUCCAUUCCUCGUCGGUUGGGAAUAUUCGGCCUUCAUCUUCCUCGGCGUCAACUUACUUGGGCUCGUUACGAUCGGCUACGUAUACACGGGCAUGUUCGUGAGCAUAUGGAGAACGCGACACGCCACGCCACUAUCCGUCGUCGACUCCGAGUUCGCCCUCAGGUUCUUCCUCAUUGUCCUCACGGACUCCGUCUGCUGGGCACCCAUCAUCGUACUCAAGAUCCUGGCCCUCGCCGAGUACCCCGUCGCCCCUGAUUUGCAUGCCUGGGUGGUUAUAUUCAUUCUCCCGGUAAACAGUGCCGUUAAUCCUUUGCUGUAUACGUUCACCACACCCAAAUUUCGUGAAAGACUCGCCGAAGGAUGGCUCGAGAGAGUGCGCAGUAUAACUUCGAGAAAGCAAUCGAGAAGCGAUUUUCAGACAUCUAGCUCGUACAAUAACAGGAACGUGACGAUCUCCAUGCCCGGCUCGAUGAAAAUGCCAAGCGAGGAGAAAAUAUCAAAGCCAUCAUUGAACGAGAUUUUGCUGAUUAAUAUUAUGUCGAAAGAGAAAUGAGUCUAAUGAGGGGA